GCCAAUUUCAAACACUCGCCGCCACCAUAUUGGAAGGAGAAUACCGAAAACAGACACUGGGUUUCAAAACACGGGCUUUUUUCCUACGAUAACCCGAGCUUUACUGUUUUUAUCAGAGAUCGGAUAUAUUCCUCUACUGUGCUUUUGUUUUUUUUCCUGAAGCGAAGGUUUUAGCUGUUAUACAGUAUCGUUUCCUCAGCCCGUGUUGUUGUUGUUUUAGUGUUGAUUUUAACUAAAGCUCGCUGGGCUGUAACUGUUAGCUUAGCUUUAGCUGAGGAAAAAAGCGCGUAUAUCGUGUUUAGGAAGUUUUAUUUGAGUUAACUUCGUAUCCAUGGCGUUUAAAGGGGCGAAUUAACUUAGAAAACGAAGGUUAGCUAAGCUAUAUAGUUAUAUAUGUGUGUGUGCAGCUAUCUAAAUGUAGUUCUACAAAUACUUGCUAGCCUAGCCAGCAGGUUUAAUAAACAGCCUGUAAGAGAGACUGAGCGCCGCCGCCGCUGCUGAACUCCGUUAGCUAAAGCUAGUUAGCUUAGCUCAGUUAGGUACAGUUAACGUUAGCUUGAAAGCUAAGCUAAGCUAAUUCUAGCUUGUUUCACUUGAAACCCAGUCUGUCUUUCUCUCUCUCUCUCCUCAUGAACAUAGCGAGUGAUAGUCAUAGCUUAGCAGUGCUGCUGAAAACAUUUAAUUCUCAUUUCUCCUUACUCAGGACUUAAGCUAAACAACCCUCUCGUUUCUGCUCUGUUUUUUGAGCUCUAAAGUUGUAGCUCGUUCGUUAGCUUUUGUUUUUUUUUAGCUAGUUUAGCUAAACCACAGUCGAAGUGGAGCAGAAGAGAGAAACUAGCCAGCUCGCCGCUCCUGGAGAAGAAAAAGGAAUAACCUCCUUGUUUUUCCAUGGACAACACGUCCAUAAUAACGCAAGUUACGAACCCAAAGGAGGAGGAGAUAUUAUCGUCAAACCCUGAAAAAGUUUCGCUGUCUAGCAGCAGCUUGAAGAAGAAGAGUCGCCGGAGUCUCUUCAGCUCCUUCUUCUGCUGCCUGCGGAACUAUGAAGCUGAUCCUCCUGCCACCACCAACAACAAUACCAGCCCUCUGCCUCCUCCUGUGGAGGAGAACGGAGCGCCGCCUAAGUGUGAACAGGCUGAGGUCAUCCCUGUACCCGGUCCUCCAGAGAAAUACCUCCUCUCCGAGGUGAACAUUAACGACUAUGGCAAGAAGUGUGUUGUAAUAGACUUGGACGAGACUCUGGUGCACAGUUCAUUCAAGCCCAUAAGCAAUGCUGAUUUCAUUGUUCCAGUGGAGAUAGAUGGCACAGUUCAUCAGGUCUACGUACUGAAGAGACCAUUUGUGGACGAGUUUCUACAGAAGAUGGGAGAACUGUUUGAGUGUGUGCUCUUCACAGCCAGUCUGGCCAAGUACGCUGACCCUGUGGCUGACCUUCUGGACCAGUGGGGAGUGUUCCGGGCUCGGCUCUUCCGGGAAUCCUGCGUGUUCCACCGAGGAAACUACGUCAAAGACCUCAGCCGGCUCGGGAGGGAGCUACACAAUGUCAUCAUAGUGGACAACUCCCCUGCUUCCUAUAUCUUCCACCCAGAGAAUGCUGUUCCAGUUCAGUCGUGGUUUGACGACAUGAACGACACCGAGCUGUUGGACCUACUUCCGUUCUUCGAAGGACUGAGCAAAGAAGAAGACGUGUAUGGAGUUCUGCAGAACCUCAGAGCCAGGUAGCAAGCUGAGCUGCCCUGCCUUAUAAGAGGGUGCAAUGGAGCGGUCUGGCGAGGGCGAGUUGCUCUGGGGGCGAGGGGUCGAUUUCUUUCUUUCUUCUCUCCCAGACGUCACUUAACAGCAGCCCACUGCUCACUACACAGGAACAGCAGAUCCACGUCUGCAGCCCACCAGGGAGACCCAUACAGUGUGACGUAAACUCCACUACACGCGGACCUUUACUGCUCGAGAGACCCAGACUUGGCUCUCCUUCUAAGUGCUUAAUAAUAAACCAAAAACACAAACUCCCUUUCUUUUUUUCUCCCCUUUUUUCUUUUGUGAAAACAAGAGACUCCAAGACAAUACAGAUCUUUGGGUUGUCGCUAUGCAGGCAGGCUCUGUGGCCUGUAGAAGUAAAGGACUGUUCUUUGGUUUGGUUUGGUUUUAGUUUUUGUUUUGUUGUUUUUGCUUACCCAACAAAGUGCCUUUUUUGAAUGUCAUUUUUAUGGGGAAGGGGGAACACACUUUUGUACAUGGCGUAUUUCCAGAGAAUCUUUUCCAGAAUUCUGCUCUUUAAAACCGGAGAAACGUCUGAAAUGUUUCGUAAAGGCACUAAGGCCGGAGUUUUUUUUUUUUUUUUGUUAGUUUUUUUUUUUUUUUUAAUCUUAUAGGCAAACGUCUCCAUCUGUGUUCUUGUUUUCUUUUGCUUUAGCUCCAUUUAGUGCCAUCGAAUAGACAUGGUCUUUAUCGUUGUUUCUUUAAUAGACGUGCGUAUCUGAUUUGUCUAAUAAGAGCAAAGGAAUGCAUUUGCACUUGUGUUCGUUUUACACUAUGUUGAGGCUCCGUAUUUAAUUUUGUUGCUUUGUUGCUGUUUGUUUAUGAUGCGCUGCAGACCCGCGCUGCAGAUCGUACCGUGCCAACGGAUGGUUGUUUCCUCUCCGUUAUUUCAUUUUAUCUUUUACAUUUUAAUUACUUGUAAAUUUUGUUUUCCCCAUGCUAUUUGCUUGCUGAAGCUUGUCAUCAGCACGUGGGUCCAUUUUAUUUUCAUUUUUCAUUUUUAAACCCGAUGAAUGAAUUCGUAGAGUAUUGAAAUGUAGGGGAGAGGCCAGGCAAGGCCAUGCGAGGCCGGUUAAGUUUGACAGUGACUUUUGGUCGUUUUAAAGCAUUUUCCCGGAGAUUAGAGCGAGUUAGUUGAAAGUUGAGUUACGUUUUUAAAGUGUUAGUCUUUUUUUUUUUUUUUUUUUUUUUU